AGAGAGCACAUGAGAGGGGGGAGGAUCAGAGGCAGAAGCAGGCUCCCUGCUCGCGGGGCUCAAUCCCAGGACUCCAGGAUCAUGACCUGAGCCGAAGACAGAUGCUUACCCAACUGAGCCACCCAGGCGCCCUUAACAUAUCUUUUUAAUAGGCUGUAUGCCGAAGCGGAGCUUGAACUCAUGACCCUGAGAUCAAGAGUCCCACGAUGUACUGAGCCAGCCAGGCCCCCCAGCGUCUGUAUUUUUAAAAAUAUAUUAUUUUAAGCCGUCUGUGUCUGGCUUCCUUCAUUUGACCACAUCCUGUGUAUUUCGCUCAGGCCCUUCAUGGCUUAUUUAUGGAGAUACCAAUGGAUGGAUGUGUGGGUUGUUCCAAAUGUUCUGCUCCUGUUAGUGGGCUGUGCGCAUCAUGGGACAUCUCUGUGCGCUUAGCGGGGCCAGCAUUUGAGGGAUAAAUUCCUGGAAGUGGGCUUGCUGAGCUUCCUCCUUUGUUUGCGUCAUGUGUGCUUCCCCCAUCAGGGACACCAGCGGAGCCUGUCUGUCCCCAGCGCCCUCUUCUCCACUUGUCUUGGGUACGUUCUUCCAGCCCCCCGGGGCCCCCAGUGGGGUACCAGUCCCUGCCAACCGCUACUGAUUCCUGUGACGUGCAAAACGUUACGGAGCGGUGCAUGAACACAGUUCCCAGGGCAGGGGGGACACGACGCCGCCCGGGCCGCGCCCUUGCCUUCCGCCGGACCGCCCUCUCCCACCUGCAGAUGGGGACCAAGGAGUUCCUCCGCUCUGCGACUGCUGGGAGCGAGUGACACGGGCGAGGCGAGAGGUGUUGUAACCGGCCGGUCUCGUGCUGUUGCCCGUGACCUCGUUCCGCCGCUCCUUCCGUUCACUUAAUUAGACGAUGACGAAUACAUGGCCUUCCCGCCGGCGGAGAGAGCGGGCGGAGCCGCGCACCACCGCCCGACAACGGCGCACGGGGCCUCACGAGGUGCGGGCGCCCCGGGCUGCGCGGCCGCCGGCAGCGCGGACCCCAGAACCGCAUCUGCAGCGGCCGGGGACACGCGGCGCGGUCGCCCCGCCAGGUCUUCCCCUGAGCCUCUCCUCGCGUCAGACGAGCUCCGCGGGGGCAGCGGGGACGCCGGCCAGGAAAGGGGCACCGCCGCCUCGGGUGACCCCGCACCGGGCGUGGCCUCUGUCCACCGUUGACCCCGCGCGCCACUUCCGACCUGCGAUCAAACAAGGAAGCCCAGACGCGCCUGCGCCCCGCGGCGCCUAGUUCGGAGGGCCCGAGCGCGAGCGCGCGCGCACGCACGCACGCACGCACGCACGCACGCCAUUCGGCCGCGCGCUCCCCUCCGCCGGGCGGGGCCGGCGCGCGGAACUCCACUUCCCGGCGUGCACCGCGGCGACGCCGACAGCGCGAAGGAGCAAGGCCGCCGUGCGCCGGGACCGCACGCAGGCACGCACGCAGGCACGCACUCCGGCGGGCGCACCCCUGGCCCCGCCCCCGGAGGCCCCGUGCGGGAGCGCGCCCGGGCGUGCGCAGGGCGGCGGCGCGGGCGCGGGGGCGCGCGGUGACCGUUGGCGCUGAGGGGAGGAGGCUGCGCGGCCGCCGCCGUUGCGCAGAUCCGGGCCGCGGCUGUGGGGAGGGCGCCGGGGCCGGUGACCUUCCGGAGGCGGGAGCGAGCCAGGGGGCCCGGGACGCCGAGCGCCGCCGCCAUGAACAACUCGGGCGCCGACGAGAUCGGGUGAGGACGCGCCGGCCUGCGCCGCCGCCGCCCAGACGCCGCCCCGGCCCCCGUCAAGGAAGCUCUUCGUGGGCGGUCUUGACUGGAGCACCACUCAAGAGACUCUACGCAGCUACUUUUCCCAAUAUGGAGAAGUUGUAGACUGUGUGAUCAUGAAAGAUAAAACCACCAACCAGUCUCGAGGCUUUGGGUUUGUCAAAUUUAAAGACCCAAACUGUGUGGGGACGGUGCUGGCCAGCAGACCACACACACUAGACGGCCGAAACAUCGACCCAAAGCCAUGCACUCCCCGAGGGAUGCAGCCGGAGAGGACACGGCCCAAGGAAGGAUGGCAGAAAGGACCCAGGAGCGAUAACAGUAAAUCAAAUAAGAUAUUUGUCGGUGGGAUUCCUCACAAUUGUGGUGAGACAGAGCUCAGGGAAUACUUCAAGAAAUUCGGAGUGGUCACAGAAGUGGUUAUGAUCUACGACGCAGAGAAGCAGAGACCUCGAGAUUUCUCUUCUCCAGGUGCUAAAUUAUAUCACACAGGUUUUGGAUUUAUUACUUUCGAGGACGAACAAUCAGUGGACCAGGCUGUCAACAUGCAUUUUCACGACAUCAUGGGCAAAAAAGUGGAAGUUAAACGGGCUGAGCCACGGGACAGCAAAAGCCAAGCGCCGGGACAGCCAGGUGCCAGCCAGUGGGGCAGCCGGGUCGUGCCCAAUGCCGCCAAUGGCUGGGCAGGCCAGCCCCCACCCACAUGGCAGCAAGGAUACGGCCCGCAAGGAAUGUGGGUUCCAGCAGGACAGGCAAUUGGUGGCUAUGGACCGCCGCCUGCAGGGAGAGGAGCUCCCCCACCGCCCCCACCAUUCACCUCUUACAUCGUGUCCACCCCUCCUGGAGGGUUCCCCCCUCCUCAGGGCUUCCCACAGGGCUACGGUGCCCCCCCACAGUUCAGUUUUGGCUAUGGGCCUCCGCCUCCACCACCGGAUCAGUUUGCCCCACCGGGGGUCCCUCCUCCACCUGCUACUCCGGGGGCAGCACCUCUGGCUUUCCCUCCGCCCCCGUCUCAGGCCGCCCCGGACAUGAGCAAGCCUCCAACGGCCCAGCCGGACUUCCCCUAUAGUCAGUACGGUUACGGACAGGACUUGGCUGGCUUCGGACAGGGCUUCUCAGACCCCAGCCAGCAGCCCCCCUCCUACGGGGGCCCCUCGGUGCCAGGCUCGGGGGGCCCCCCCGCCGGCGGCAGUGGCUUUGGACGAGGUCAGAACCACAACGUGCAGGGAUUCCACCCCUACCGACGCUAGCCGGACGGUGCCCUGCGGACGCCGGGGUGGCUGAGACCCAGGAUUUAGAACUUGUGAACUCGUGACAAUCACAAACUUGGCAGAAAAAUAGCGACUCGACGGUGGGGGGCGGGGGGCGAGAGGCUUUUGGAGGCGGCUGUGGGUGUCUGGACUGAAGUUUUUAAAUAUAUUUCUUUCUCUAACCCAUCAGCACAAUAAAAAAAAGUCACUGGUUCAACAACAGGGUUUAAAAAAAAAUGUCUUCAGCUUUAAUUCAAAACUUCAGGUUUCUUUUUCUUCCUUUUUUUGAAAUUAUUUUCCUGAGCCUUUUGUUUUACCGUAUAUUGUAAACUUUUAUGUUAAAGAAGAAAAAUAUACAUUUACAAAUUGUGAGAUUUUUAAGAGAAAUUUUCUACGAUGUAUACUGGCUUAUUUUUUAAUUUAAAGCAGGGUUUCCGUGGGCACUGGUGGCAGCGAGGGGCGUGUUCAGUGCCUCACUCCCGGCUUCGAGGGUUGGGGCUCGUCGGCCCAGAAGCUCUGGGAGCUUACAGAAGAAGUCUACUGAGCGUGUUUUGUUUUUUGUUUGUUCCUUGCUUUUGUCGACUGACCUGCCCGGCGCCGUCUGCAGGUGCGCUGUGGGGGCCACGCCCGCCCAGCCUCUGCCGGCGCCGCCCCGCGUCCGCCCCAGCAGCAGGGACAAGGAGGCCUUGUCAGCCGCUCUCCCGCGCACGUGGUUUCAGGGCGUCCCCACUGACCAGUUUGACCCUGGUUUGAAUAAAGAGAAGUGCGUUUGGAUUAGAAACCCA